AUGCAAAACUUUAUAACCAGACCAUCAAGAACAAAUACUAAUGAAUUUGGACAUAGACAUGAAGAUAACUUCGAUUACAAUGAAUUCAAGAAUUUGGCUUCAAGUUUAAUUACAAGUUAGCACUAAAAAGAAUGGAAUCAUCUCCCAAGACUUACAUAAAUCCUUCUUAACCAGAAUUUAACUGUUAUGUUUGAUGGAGUCAUAAUAAAAGAAUAAUGCACCUUAUAUCCUAAUGUUCUGAAAAUCGAUAGUCAUUACAUUUAACUUUCCCAAUAUUAAAUCAAAAGAAAACAACUGAUUCAUAAUAAUAAAAAGUGUUACCUUUUACUUCUUGGCAAUGAUAUUAUGUUAUUCUUUAGUAGUUUCGAUAUCUAAAAACAUUGGUAUAAUUAGAUUAAGCAAUUUUGUAUUAUGAAAAACUUACUAGUCAAAUAUCGUCUAUAGGAAUAGUUAUUCCAGGAUUUCUACUCUAUAAUUAAGAAAAAAGUAAGAAAAUCUAUAUAUAUACAAGAAUCGGCAAUAGUUUUCUGCUUACAUAAUCAAUAAGUAACAACCCUAUUUAGAACAUACUUUUGGGUUAUUGCAUGAAAGCAAGAAUCAUUCAAUACUCAAAAUAAAAAGAAUCUAUGAAGACACAAAUAAUUAUGUUAUGAUUACUGAAAGAUUUGAGGGAGAACCUGUUUUUAAUUUUUUGUUAGAGAAUAUUUAAUUUAUGGAAGUUUAAGUUGCUACAGUAUGAUCAAUUAUAUAUUAUUUUAGUUGAUUUAUUAAAUCUUGCUUUUAUUACGUUAUUUAAAUGAACAUUAAGCAUAUCAUGGAAAUAUUAAUGCAUUAAACAUAUUAAUCAAUAGAGAAAGCCAAUCUUUAGAGAUUGCAGUAAUAGGAUUUAUAUAUUAUGUAUAAAUAUAAAUAUAACAGGUAGCCUUUUAAAUAAGGAGAUGAUAUAAGUGAAUAUUUGAAAUGGGUCAAUCUUAAUAAGUAUUGUUGGAGUGGUUUUGAAGAAAAUUAAAUACCAGGAAUACAUUCUGAUCUAUAUUAAUUAGGAGUACUACUUUAUAUCAUUACUUUUUAUACUAAAAUCAAUUAAGAUUUGAAAGUAUGCACAUUAAUAAUAAUAGCGAAAAAGUGACCCUUACAAAUUGUUUUUAAAGUACAUGAAAGAAUUAGUAAUAAAAUAUGAGUUGAUUGAUGAAACCAUCGAGGUCUUAACAUGUUGAAUAUUAAUAUUUUAUUUAGAGAUGAAGACUCCAGAUUAAUAAUUUGUACACGUUUUUUCAUCAAGUUAAUUGGAUCUGAUAAAAAAAUUAUUGUCAAAUUGUUCUUUGUCAGAUGCUCUUACACAUUAAUGGUUUGUUAAUGCUAAACAAAAAGCAAAACCACAUAAUUAACGUUAAGGAUUACCAACUUUAAAAACAAUUAUUGAAUUAAAGGAAGCCAGUGAUGGUGAAGCAAGUAAAUCUUAAACUAAAAGAUUCAGUAUUUAAAGUGACAAUUAUGAUUCAAGUAAGUAUAAUUGUGAUAUUAAAGUGGAUGAGUGUCCAACAGUCUCAUAUUUAAUGCGCAACAUCUUAGAUUAUGAAAAGGCGCCAUGUAAAACUCAUCAUUCCUGA